AUGCGAACCGUGUUCCAAAGUGAGUACGGUCUUGGCGGCAUCGCGUUCUCACCUGCCGGACCGUGCCUCAUUGUUGCGGUGCACAGUGGGCAUGUGCUCUUGGAAGUGCCGCUGAAGGAGACAAGACACCACCAAUGCUUUGACGGUGUCAGACACAUGUCGGGGUCCUGCAAGGUCGUGGCGGGCACCGGCCAGGCUGGCCCUUUGGUGUCCGGUGUCCCAGCACUGCACGCGGCGAUCAACAACCCCUUGAAAGUGAAGGUCUCCAAGACGGGUGACGUCAUUUUCUUGGAAGCAGGGAAUCGUGCUUUGCGGAUGCUGCAGCAAUCCACAGGAAAGCUGAUCACGCUGUCCUCGGCUGUAGAUGCGCCCGACGGCCUGGCGCUGAGCCCUCAAGGCACCGCCUUCAUCGCGGAGGGGCGUAGCUCCGAGGUUCUACAGUUCCGCCCAAGCACAAGCGUCGAGUGGAACUGGGGCACUUGUGCGGGCACAGGGGUAUGUGCGGACCCACCCAGCCACAGCCUCGUGCCCAACACGGCUGGAAUUUGGCCAGGACUUGGACAAGAGCAGUUCUAUGGCGCCGCUUUGGCCACGCCCCUGGCGAGGCCUCAAGGCCUGUGCUGGGUGCCUGGCCACGGCCUGCUUAUCUGUGACGCGCAAUGCCAUGCAGUCUUCCUGGCUCGGAGGGUGGAUCCAUGGGUUUGGCACCGGGCAAUUGCCGUGCCACGCGCGCUGGCGGCACGGGGCCGUGCUGAACUGCUCAGAGGCGAGGAUGCUGUUCUGGCCUUGCUCCUUCGGCUCCCAGAUGAGGAGUUUCGCCACGUCCUGUCCUUUUGGGGCGAAGCCGACGGUUUUCUAGCUGGGAGCGAAAAAUUCGGAUCGUGA